CUGGGAUUCUGAACUUUGGCGCUGUGGAUUUCUAUCCGAAUUAUUGGUUGCGAUUUGGAUUUGGCUGGCUGGUUUGUUGAGUUAUCUUUGCUGUCGCUGAAUUUCUUCUCCUGUUCCAGUAUUUCGUUUGUUAUUUUUCAGUUGCUUUACUCUCAUAGUAAUGACAUAAAUAGGAACUCCCAUGGUUGGCUCUACGAGCAAUGUUGCUUCUUCCAGUCGUUCUGUGCUACCACCGGCUCCGGUGAAAAAGCCCGAAAUUUUUUUCGGGAUUGACUUCAAAUGGUGGCAAUAAAAGAUGUUCUUCUAUUUGACUACUUUGAGUCUACAGAAGUUCAUCAAAGAAGACGUUCCAGUUCUGCCGGAAUCAACUCCUGAGAAUGGACAUUUUAUUGUGACUGAGGCAUGGAAGCACUUAGAUUUCUUAUGCAAAAAUUACAAUCUUAGCGGACUAGAGGAUGAUCUUUACAAUGUCUAUAGUAAUGUGGAAACUUUGAAAGAAUUAUUGGAGGCAUCAGAAAAUAAGUAUAAAACUGAGGAUGCCGGUUUGAAAAAGUCCGUUGCAGUCAAGUUUUUAGACUAUAAGAUGGUAGACAGCAAGCUUGUCAUUACCCAAGUUGAAGAGCUACAAGUCAUCAUUCAUGAUCUCCUUGCUGAAGGUUUGGACAUUAAUGAAGCAUUUCAAGUUGCAGCAAUGAUUGAGAAGUUGCCUCCUUUAUGGAGGGAUUUUAAGAACUACUUGAAAAAUAGGUGCAAGGAGAUGAAACUCGAAGAUCUCAUCAUUCGAUUGAGGAUCGAAGAGGACAAUAAAGCCGCAGAAAAGAAGACACGUGGGAACUCAACAAUUAUAGAAGCAAAUAUUGUUGAAACUGCUCCAACUAAUCUGAAGAAGCAGAAGAAGUCUUCUGGACCAAACAACUAUCCCAACAGGAAGAAAUUCAAGGGAAACCACCACAACUAUGGAAAGGUUGGAUACAAAGCUGCAGAAUGUCGUGCUCCAAAGAAAGAGAAGAAGGGUCAAGAAAAUAUGAUUCAAACAAAUGAUAAUAUUGAUGACUUGUGCACUCUGUUAUCUGAAUGAAACUUAGUGAGAAAUCCUAAGAAAUGGUAGAUUGAUUCUAGUGCCACCAGCCAUAUUUGUGCUGUUAGAGAAGUAUUUGUUUCAUAUGCUCCCGUCGGACCCGACGAGACCAGACCAUUUUUAUGGGAAAUUCUGCAAUGGCCAAAAUUGAAGGUUAUGGAAAGAUACUCCUUAAGAUGACCUCUGGCAAGGUGGUGACUCUGAACAACGUUUGUCAUGUUCCUGAAAUACGGAAGAACUAUAACGACCUGAUCGGUCAUUUUGA